CCAAGUAUGUUCUUCUAGUAGGUACCUUAUUAGGUAAGGUAGUUGACGCCACCUGAAGCUGCCUACAGGCUACCUUACCCUAUUACAUGCAGUACGGAAGUUAUUAUCGACUUCCUCUGCCUUUCCCACCUUCCACCUUUUGCCCCUCAGUGCAUGUAUCUUUUUGACGGGAACACCGCCAUUCUCUUCAAAUAAAACUCUCAACCUUUUCAGUCAAUUUUCUGUCUACUGCGUACAGAUCGGUCUGCACCGAAGAGACGAGGCAGAAACCGCGGCAGCCAUGGCGUCCAUACCAGUCAUUGUCAAACACCAGGGCAAGAAGCUCGAAGUCGAAGUCGAUCCCGCGUCCAAUGGCGAAACAUUUAAGUACCAGCUCUUCAGCCUGACGGGCGUCGAACCGGAGAGACAGAAGAUCUUGGUCAAGGGUGGCCAGCUCAAGGACGACGCCGACAUGGGCAAGCUCGGCCUGAAGCCAAACCAGGUGCUUAUGAUGAUGGGCACGCCCUCCGGAGACAACGCAGGCUUGGCGAGGCCAACGGAGGCUGUUAAGUUUGUCGAGGACAUGACCGAAGCGGAAGCUGCCCAGCAGGCCGGAGCUACGCCGGCUGGGCUGGCCAACCUUGGCAACACCUGCUAUCUCAACUCCACCUUGCAAACUCUUCGGUCCAUCCCCGAACUCCAGAUUGCUUUGACCAAAUACAAAACGGAAGGACGGGGUGGUCAGUCGCUCCAGAGCAGUCUAGGCCUGCAGGGUGGGGAUUUGGUCGGCCCACUGGUGGACCUGUACACGAACAUGUCGAAGACGCAGGACAGCGUGGCACCUUAUAAUUUCCUCGCCGUGCUGAGGUCGAUUUUCCCGCAGUUUGCCGAGAAGUCCAAAACCGGCCAUGGUUACGCUCAGCAGGAUGCCGAGGAGGCAUGGUCGCAGAUCAUUAGUCAACUGAAGCAGCGCCUCGGCGACACAGCGGACGCAUCUUUCAUCGACAGGUACAUGUCGGGACAACUCAAGUCGACGCUCGAAGUCGACGAGCAAGCCGCCAAGGAUGCCGGCGAGGAGGCGGUCACAUCGACCGAGACGUUCUUCAAGCUCAACUGCCACAUCGACAGCACGAUCAACCACCUGCGGGAUGGCAUUCUGGCCGGCCUCACGGAGAAGCUGGAGAAGAGAUCGCCGGUCCUGGACAGGGACACGACCUACACGAAGAAGUCCCGGAUCUCCCGUUUGCCCAAGUACCUCACGGUUCACUUUGUCCGCUUCUUCUGGCGACGAGACACGCAGAAGAAAGCCAAGAUCAUGCGCAAGGUCACAUUCCCGCACGAACUGGACGUGGUCGAGUUUUGCGACGACGAGCUCAAAUCUCUGCUGGUCCCGGUAAGGGAUAAGGUGCGGGAAAUUCGCAAGGAUGAGGAGGACAUCGAGCGGGCCCGGAAGCGGCGCAAGGUGAACCCGGUUGAUCGCGGAGACGUCACGGGCUCGUCGAGUGGGGUGGUUGAAAAGACGGCUCUGGAGAAGGCCAACGAGAAGAAGCGCGGCGCAAUCUCCGCCGAUGGGGAUACGGACAUGACGGAGACGUACAAGACGGACGCCGAAGUCGAGGCCGAGCGGAACGCUGCUCUGUUGGCGCUCAAGAAGGAACUGGAUGCGCUGGUCAACAAAGACCUCGCCAAGGACGACGGCGCCAAUCAGUCCGGCCUGUACGAGCUGCGGGGUGUUGUGACGCACCAGGGCUCCAGUGCCGACAGUGGCCAUUACACGGCGUACAUUAAGAAGGAAGGUUCCGUGGAUCCUAAGACGGGCAAGAAAGGCGAGGAGGACGGAAAGUGGUGGUGGUUCAACGACGACAAGGUCAGCGAGGUCACGUCCGACAAGAUCGAUGCGCUCUGCGGUGGCGGCGAGACGCACUCGGCCCUCAUCCUGCUGUACAGGGCCAUCCCUCUCCCCACAGCGGAAGGCGAGCAGUCUGAUUAAAACGGAAUGGGGUAAUGCUGAGCGCAAUAUCUAACUCGAAGCGAAUCUGGUCAGCAAACACGGGCUGUAUUCUGAGACCGGCGAUAGUUUUCCUGGACGUGGUCAAGCUAUGGCUGGCGGCAGUCGCAUAUAGUAGGUAUAGGCCCAUGAAUGAAGAACUGACAGCAGUAUGGGGACUUGGGAAUUCUCUGGUGUUUGGCGCGGAUCGUAUGUGAUUGACGUGCUACACAUUACCAGCUCUAUCAAUUAAACCAGCUAGCAUCCUCUUGAUUC